UUUCAGGAUGAUCACUUAAUAUGAAUUUGGAUCGAAGCGGCAUCGAUGGCAGCUUAUCUUGCCGGCUGAGGCUCAGUCAGAGCGUAGCCAUUAUCCUCAGGAAGGAAGGAUGUAGGGGGGAUCCUGCCGGUGACUUCUGGAUGUACGAAAAUGGCUAUCUGCUCUUUCAGGGUUUGCUGUCAUCGAAUUCCGUUUGCUGGUGGAACAGCGGUCUGAAUGGUGCAAUGAAAGGUCUAAUCUACUACGGUUACGUCAGUCCCGGAGCAUUGCUUGUAGGAGCCGAACCAUGCGCUUUAGAAGUCCUGAGAAAUGCUUGGUCGAAGAGAGUAUUGCAACCCCCACCUGGAUAUCAAAUUUCAUCUUUAGAGGAAGUGGAACACUGCAUUUGCCGGUCAGUAACUCAAACGCAAUGGACGCCGUUGCCGGAAGCCGUUUGCUCGGUGGUACUGCGACUGUCAACGCAAGGACGGCCAGCAGGGAUUCCGACCAUCAGAGAAGCCCUCGAAGCUGCCUUCCCGCACGUCGAACCGCCCUCGGAAGAAACGCUAUACGACAUUCUCGCGCAGCUUACCAAGGAGAGGAAACUGUACAAUACCACCAAAGGAUACUAUAUAGUCACGCCUGAGAGAAGGAGGUCAAGAAGUCAGACAAGGAGUCGGAAAAAGGACGAGAACGAGGAAAGUAUAACAUGCAGAACGAUGCUGAUGUCGACGGAAGAAGCGAUGGCCAUAGUGCACGGAGAUAUAGCUACGAUUAGGGAUGGAAAUGUCACUCAUCAGUGUAUUCAGACGAAUUUAGCAGACGUCAUAUGCGGAGGAAAUACUAGCGAUAAAAUUUUAUACCCGAGGACGGAGGGAUCAUCAUUCCCAAUAUCUAGGAACCAAUACCGAAGAGGAUCUUUGCGAUUUUGGUGUUCCAAUAGACGUUUAAGAAGGUCGGCUUCCACCAGAACAAUCGCAAAACACCAUACAGACACAAGCAGCAGUACUGAAUCUCCUAAAAGUGGAAAUUCGACACCCACUCCAAAAAAGAAGUCUCUAUUGUCGAAAUUAUUUCGGAGAUCAAAACCUUCACAGUGCCAAAUAGAAGAAUGCGUCGAUAGGCAGUUUCCCCCAUCCGAAUGGUUCAAUUCCAAAGCUGUUCAUCUGCAAAGUGUCGGCACGCAGACGUCACCAUUGGAUAAGGAGCUGGCGCUUCAUUCGAGCAACGACCUUGAAGGAACCAGCGCUGGAUUCUCCAGGUCUGUGACCCUCCCCAGAAACUUCAGACGACAACUAGUGAACGAUACAAGCACUGGUUCCAGGGAGAGCUCUCCGAUAUCUCGGUAUCAAGAAAAACCACUGUAUAGAAACAAAUCUCUACAUAGAAAAAACAGCAGAGCAGGAUCGGGUAGACCUCCGCCUCAUGGGUCAACGGACUCCAAAACCAAGCAGAAGAAACUACCAGAUCGGACGACCCCCACAAUGUUAAAACAGAAACUAAAAUCAUCUCCAUCUCCUCCCGUCAGCGAGAAAACCACCUCGAGCACAACAGAAUCCCUCAGUACGAAAGAAUCCCCCGAUUUAAAGUCCCAGAAGACUCUUGUGAAUAAAAAUCUGGCCGAUUCUCAAAAAAUCAAUUUUACGUCGAUAAAAAACCGUUGUAGCACUGACAUCGAUCCAAAACGUAAUCAAAGUCAGGCUAAAGGAGCUGGAACGUCUCUGUCCCACAGUAAUUCGUUUACUUUAGAAGUAACGACGAGUCAAGCAGGGUUGAACAUAAACAAAGCCAAUGCUACUAUCAUAAAUGGAAGCAAUAAAACGAAUACAAAGAUAUUCGUACAAAACUCGCCUGUGAGGUCAGUUUUUACUUUCGAGAAUGGCCAAACUGAGGCCAAUCCAAACAUUGUUAUAAUCAACGAUACGGUCGAAAAAUCCAGUACAGACACCUUAAACGAAACCGAUCUUAAGACAUCGAAAAAUACGAACCAAUGUAAAGAGUCGUUCAAGAACUUGAAUAACUAUAAUGACCCCACAGCAAAAUGCGAAAACAUGAACAACAAUCGGAAGCUGUCGCUUCAGAAAGACGGCUUAAACUAUAACAACUUGAUAAAAAACAUAGCACCGGUGUCGAACAACCACUUCAUAUCUAAUUCCAACCCUGACUCUUUGAUACCAAAUACCCUCGAGGAGUUUUCGAAACGUCCGUUGGAAAAAUACAACAAAAUUGACUCGUCUUUGGAAAAGCUGUAUCUUGUAGAUGACGACACGAACCUGCCCAAGAAGGAUAUGAUUGGCUCGGAGCCAAAUAUAUGUCUAAAAGACCGAUCAUUUGCGAGAACGUUUUCCGUGGAUAAUAGUCUUGGGGAUUUGAACUUCAACUUCAAGAGCUUGGCUGCUCAAAAGAUUCUAAAAGGCAUGAGUGUAAAUAGUGUUGAUACUAGCUGAACCAUAUUUAUUUUACGUUGUCCAGUUGAGUUUCACGUUCCACUACCAGCUGGUUUCCAUUGUGGGCUUUCCAUUUUACUUAUGCGCUUGUUGUGGUACAGGGUGUCCCCCUUUAACUUUUUCAUAUGAAUGGUAGGACUAACGAAGCCCUUCGAUUGAUAAGAGUUUUCCCCGGCUAUCCAAUGAUGACCUUGAUUUGAUCUUCAAGGUCAUUAGAGAGUCAAUUCGAUCUUUUACCCCGCGAAAAAGAGUGGAAAAUCUUACUUUCAAAUAUAAAUAUAAUAUUGUUAAAUUUUGACCAUGGUCAAGGUCAAACCCUACGGUGAUAUAAGCCAGUAGUCGUAUGAGAAAACUACAAUUACAUUAUUUUCAUAAUUUUCCCCGGAUAUCCUAUAGUGACCUUAGAUCUAACCUCGCAAAAAUCGGUGCGAAAAUGGAGAAAAGAGAAAAUUUUAUGUUCGAGUAUGUCUUUGAACCAUUUUUAGAAUUUAACCUUGGACUUGACCAUCAAGGUCAAUCGCAGGUUUCUUGAUAAUUCAGAAAAUUGUGUAAUACCCAGAUUAACUCCACUGUUCUUUCAGGAUUGUUCCCCGACUUGACCACAUGACCUUCAAGGUCAUUUGAAGAUCAAAUUGAUUUUUACAAUUAGAACCCCCAUUUUUGACCCCGUACUUAAAUGCAAAGUGCGGAAAGUAGUCGUAUAGUGGAACUACAAAGUCAUUAUUUUCAUGAUUUCCCCCGGAUAUCCAUUCAUGAUAUUGGAUCUGACCUUGGCCAUGACUUUCAUGGUCAACUAUUUUUUAUUGGAUCCUAUAUUUUUGACUGCGAAAACCGGCGCGAAAAUGGAGAAAAGGGAAAACUUUAUGUUUGAGUAUGUACUUGACCAUUUCUAGAACUCGACCUUGGAAUUGAAUAUCAAGGUCAAACCAGGCUUGCACAAAUUCCUUGAUAACUGUUAUCCCCAGAUAGACUGGCUUCACUGCUAUUUUAGAAUUGUUCAAGAAUCGACUUGACCACAUGACCUUCAAGGUCAUUUGAAGGUCAAUUCAAUUUUUUUUUAAUGGAGCGCUAUUUUUUGAACCCUUAAAUGGAAAAAUCUACGUUCAAAUAUGCUCUUGACCAUUCUUAAAUUUUGAUCCUGGUCAAGGUCAAACCCAGGUUCAGUGAUCAUCAGUCAUUAUUUUCAUGAUUUUCUCGGGAUAUCCAUUAGUGACUUUGGAUCUAAGCUUGGCCAUGACUUUAAAGGUCAUUUGAAGGUCAUCUAUUUUUUAUAUCCUUUAUUUUAUUUACCGCGAAAAUCGAGGCGAAAAUGGACAACUGGGAAAAUUUCAAGUUUGAAGAUGCCAUCCUGUAGAACUUGGACUUGCUGAUCAAGGUCAAAUACAAGGUUAUUUCUGGAUAAUCCAGAAAACUGUGCAAUCUCGAGAUUAACUUCACUCUUCUUUCAGGAUUGGCUACAAAAAUCAACUUGAACACAUGACCUUCAAGGUCAUUUGAAGGUUAAAUCGAUUUUUUUAAAGAACCAUUUUUGACCCCGUAAAUGAAAAGAGCGGAAAAUUUUACGUUUAAAUAUGGUCUUGACAAUUCUGACAUUUUGACCAUGGUCAAGGUCAAACCCAGGUACGGUGAUAUAACUUGAAAGCCACUAGUCGUAUAGGGGAACUGAAGGUCAACUUUUUCGUAUGGGACCCUAGAUUUGUGACCGCGAAAAUCGGGGCGAAAAUGGAGAAAAAGGGAAAUUUUAUAUUCGGAUAUGUCCUUGACCAUUUUUAGGACUUGACCAUCAAGGUCAAACACAGGUUUCCCUUAAUUUCUUGAACACUUAGAAAACUGUGUAAUUCCCAGAUGACUUCUUUGUUCCCUGGUUGCAAAAAUCGACUUGACCUUCAUAUGACUUUUAAGAUCAUCAAGGUUAAGGUCAUAUCCAAGGUCAUUAUUGAAUAUACGUCCACAAGCUUUCAAGUUAUAUUAGCGUACCUGGAUUUGACCUAAGGUUAAAAUUUAACAAUGGUCUAGACAAUAUUUGAACGUAAAAUUUUCAGAUCUUUCCAUUUACGAGGUCAAAAAUGGAGAACUCGAUUUAAAAAAAUCGAUUUGACCUUCAUAUGACCGUCUUUCAUGCAUCCAUUCCAUUACCCUGAAUUUCAGCUUUCUAAUCUAACUCACCCAGAAGUAGGUUGAGGGGGACUCUUUAGAAAAGUAUUGAAUGUCAACCAUGCCACAUGGAAAAAGGCUGGUGUGAAGACGGCCAUAUUUAGAAAUGUCAAUGGUUUUAAUUAUUAUUGAAUAAUCAUACAUCUGGCACAUACUUUGCAGAAAUUCUAUAUUUAAGCUAUUGAAGUCUUUUGCAAACUUUUGAAGGAAAGUUUGCAGUAAGACUGUAACACGUUUAAAUGUACGGGCAAACCGUACAAGUAUAUGUCGUAUAUAUAUUGUAAUUAACUUACAUAGGUACAUAUUUUAUUAAUGUGAACAAUAAAGGACUUUUAACUUUUU